UGCCCUUAGGACUCCGUUGUUGUUCUGAAGAAAGGUGAAAUUCGCUUGACCAUCAAUCUGAUCGUAACGAUCGAUCUGUUCAUAUGGGGUUGAACAGCACGGCGAGUUUACCUUUCAUGAUAAACUCAAAGUAGCAUAUUUGUGACACAGUGAAUGGACGUACCCGCAACGUCUCUGCGCUUGCUGAGACAGCAAGUUCGCGUUUCAUCCCUGUAUUCCACUGUUAGUAAGUGUCCUCCGACACUAUCGCGAGGCUUCCUCAUGUUUCCCAGUCUUUUUGCAAUCCAGGUUUACGUGACCCGAACAAGACCGCGGCGAAAGUAUCUUCUCUUCGCACCUAGUCACCGAACAACCCGCGAUAGCGCCAUUAGUAAUUGGUCGUACUCGGGCCUCCUCACGCGGAAAUUUGUUUCCAAGGUCUUUUCUAUAGCUUCCGUCCUUCUCACGAUCAAACUCCCACCCAAAGUUCAAAGUUGAACUUCGGAUUCCAACAAUGCUCGACCCCUCAGCUGAACUUGAACCUUCACAUUCUUACGACCCUUCACAGCCUCACGACCCCUCACACUCAUACAACCAAUCACUAUCCUACGAAUCUCUGCGUACACAUCCGCGUUCACACUCACAUUCACAUGCUUUCAGUGACGCCCAAUCUUCCACAAGUUCAACCACUUUGAGUUACGGCGAAGUCGUACCCCGAUCCAGAAUGUCCCUCGCCAUACCCAAUUCUCCUAGCCCUACCCAUUCUCAUCUUCAAAGCCCGAGUUUUCUUUCUCAAAAACGUAACUCCGGCUCUGGCUUCAGUUCCAAUGAACCUCAGGGGAUGGGUAGUAGGGAGGGUUCGGGUUCGGGUGUACAUUCCUUACCGAACCCAUAUGAUGCAUAUAGGGUUUCUCAGACCGAUAGUUCGUCCAGCCACGUUCUUUCUCAGAAGAGGAAGCAAGAUAGUGAAGAAGCCGCUCGGACGUCUAGUCGUCCUAACAAUGGUCAAGUAGGGGUGACGUCUCAAGGCCAAUUUCAAGAUACUCUACCACAACGGACCCUAGACGACGUCCGAGACCAAGUCGCACAAAGUAUAGCCAUCCGAGCUGUACGCAAAGCCGAAGAAGUAGAUGGAAGUAAAGUAGGCGUCGUCCUCACCCUGGCUAGCGUUCAAGCUUCUUCCUCAGCUCCCAAUACUAGUAGUGGGUUGACGGAUGAGAAUGGUGUUCGGUUCCUUCGACUCAUCUCAUCGAAAAUCAAACGCUCUCUCUUGACGUCCAGCUACAUAUACAUUAUCGGAACUUCGGGUUUAUCCACUCCUGGUACACCCAGUCCUAUCCUCAUUCUCAGCUCCUCUCCAGAAUUCGUCCACCGCGCCACAAUUCUCAUCAACGCCAAAUUCGUUGGUCGACUCAGGCCCCUACACCCGGUACUCAAUCAUGACCCCAGUGGAAAACGAUACUUGGCAGAAAUCCAAGAUCUCGGACAGUCGACAUUUGAUGAAGAGGCGCUUUGGGACGUCGUGAGGAAGAGUGCAAGGAAUCUAAUAGACCCGCUUGUGCCUGCACCGGACAGUCUGGGCAUAAGACAACUUCUCACUGUCGCACGCGCGAAACUCCAGCGUAUAACACCCCUCGAAGCAUAUACUGAACUCCAAGCACCUGACUCACCUUGGCCCGUCAUCCUCGUUGAUAUCCGACCUCAGGAACAAAGAAAUAAGGAAGGUGAGAUCCCUGGUGCGCUAUUGAUUGAGAGGAACGUGUUGGAAUGGCGAUUCGAUCCUAGAGGCAAAGUUGGGGACGGUGAGGAUGGCGGAAGACUGCCCAUUGCUGAUAGAUUUGAUUUGAGGGUGAUUGUGUUUUGUCAAGAGGGGUAUACGAGUUCAUUAGCUGCUGCCAGUUUGCAUGACCUCGGAUUGCUAAAUGCUACGGAUAUUGUAGGUGGGUUGAAGGCUUGGAGGGAAGCUGGAUUGCCUGUAAGCCUGCCCCAGCCAUGACGUGAGAGAUGAUUCAGAGCCGGCCCCAUGUCUUCUUAAUCGUCGUACUUAGGACGGGCUGUUUCACACAUGUAAUAGUAAAAUCUAGAGUACGGAAAAUGAGCAUCCAAUAAAGAUGUUCGUAUAUUACAGAG